AUGUAUAAGAUCAAAUAUUGUUCUGAUGGUUCAACUGAAAGAUAUAAGACAAUAUUAGUUGCCAAGGGUUAUACUCAAAUUGAAGGCUUGGAUUAUUCUGAAACCUUUUCACCUGUUGCUAAAAUGGCUACUGUUAUAACUUUUUUGGCCAUUGCUGCUGUGAAAGGUUGGCAUCUUACACAACUUGAUGUGAAUAAUGCUUUUCUGCAUGAGGAUUUAUUUGAAGAAGUAUACAUGGUUUUACCUCCUGGUUUCCAGAAAAAAGGGGGGUCUCAAGUUUGCAAAUUGAAUAAAUCACUCUAUGGCUUGAAACAAGCCUCACGACAGUGGUUCUCCAAGUUUUCAACUUCUAUACUCAAUGAUAUUCUCAUUGCUAGUAAUGAUAUUUCCUUGGUUGAUAAGAAGUUUAAGCUUAAGGACCUGGUCUCGGAAGAUAUUCAUAGAAUUAGUGUGUUGGGGGAAGAGGAAGAUGGAAUGGCACCCAGGCCUUCGACUUCGAAUUCACAAUCAUUAAUGACGCCUCAAAAUACAUUUGGAGAUCCAAAAGAUUACCAUCAUAAUUUUGAUGUAAAUAUGCCCUACCCUCCACCGCCGAGUAAUCCGGAGAACUUUAGGCAAGAAUUUUCUGAAUUUCCACAAUUUGAAGAAAAUGUUGGAAGUACAUUUUCUGAUAUUGCUGAGGAAAUGUUAUUUGACAUGGAUGAAGAUUUAGAGGGUACCACUGUUGUUCUGGAAGAUGAGAUGCGGGUUGAAGCACCAAGACCCGGUAUGGAAUUUAAGAGUGACAAUGAGCUUACGGCCUACUAUAAGCAAUAUGCCAAACAAGAGGGAUUUGGUGUAAGGACACAGAGGACUAAGAGAGAUGAUGAUGGAAGGCCUAUGUAUGUGACUAUUGGUUGUGCUCGUGGCGGAAAAUACGUAUCUAAGAACAUUAAUAUCUCGAAGCCACGUGCAACAACUAAAACGGAUUGUAAAGCGAAGGUAAAUGCGACGUUGAACAAGAAUGAGAAAUGGGUUAUCACCACAGUUGAAAAUGUGCACAACCACAUUACUGUCAGCCCCAAGAAGACAAGACUUUUGCGAUCUCACAAGCGCCUAGAUGACUACAGUCAAAGGAUCCUCGACCUCAAUGAUAGAGCCGGUAUUCGAAUGAACAAGAAUUAUUUUUCUCUUGUCGUUGACGCGGGGAGUUUUGAGAAUCUAGAAUUUCAAGAGAGAGAUUGUCGUAAUUUCAUUGACAAGGCUAGACACUUAAGAUUGGGUAAAGGAGGUGGCGAAACCCUUAAUGAGUAUUUCCAAAGAAUGAGAUAUCAGAAUGAUGGUUUCGUUUCUUCCAUGGACGUCGAUGAUGAGGGAAGGUUACGGAAUAUGUUUUGGGCUGAUGCACGGAGUCGAGCGGCCUAUGAGUAUUUCGGAGACGUUGUAACCUUCGAUACAACGUACCUAACAAACCGGUACGGGAUGCCUUUCGCUCCAUUUGUUGGUGUUAACCAUCAUGGGCAGUCCAUACUACUAGGGGCGAGGUUGCUGUCAAGCGAGGACACGCAUUCCUUUGUUUGGUUGUUCCGCAUGUGGUUGGCUUGCAUGAAUGGUCGAGCGCCUAAAGCCAUCAUAACCGACCAAGACCGAGCAAUGAAGAAAGCAAUUUCGAUUGUAUUUCCGGAAACCCGCCAUAGAUAUUGUCUAUGGCAGAUAAUGCGCAAACUUCCAGAGAAGUUAGGAUCUCACUCCCAUUUCAGCACAGGGUUGAAGACCUCCAUUCAGGCUGCAUUGUAUGAUUCACAGACCUGCACGGAAUUUGAGGAGAGGUGGGGUCAACUUCUUGACAAGUAUGAUCUUAGAGGCAAUAAUUGGCUCGAGUCCUUAUAUGAGGAAAGGACUUUUUGGGUUCCGGUUUACUUGAAGGAUGUAUUUUGGGCUGGUAUGAGCACGACACAACGGUCAGAAAGCAUGAAUGCUUUUUUCGACGGGUAUGUCCAUUCGGGUACUACCUUGAAGGAAUUCGUGGACCAAUUUGAUAAUGCUCUAAGAAAGAAGGUGGAGGUAGAGACAACGGCUGAUUUCCACUCCAGUAACCAAACGAUCCCCUGCGUUUCCCCUUUCAACUUUGAGAAGCAGUUUCAGAAUGUAUACACAAAUGCAAAGUUUAAAGAGUUCCAAAAUGAAUUGAUUGGCCUAAUGUGUUGUAAUUGCACAAUGGUAAGCAAGCAAGGGUGCAUUUCUACCUUUGAUGUCUUGGAUGAAAUCUCUAUUGAUGACUGCAACAAAAUAGUCCACUACACACUUUAUUAUAAUGAAGAGGAGUGCGAGUUAAAAUGCACGUGUGCAUUGUUUGAGACAAGGGGAAUUUUAUGUAGGCAUGCACUUAAAGUUUUUCAGUUGUCCCGAAUUAAUGUGCUGCCAGAUAAAUAUGUCUUGGAUCGCUGGAGGAAGGACGAGAAGAGGAGAUACACAUUGAUCAAAAGUAGUUAUGAUGACUUGCGGGCCAGUGGAGAUGCACGGAGGUAUGAGAUGGUGGUUAAAAGAUGCAUGAAAUUGGCAACUAAAAUAUCCCCAAGUGAUGAGCGUGUCAAUGCAUUUCUGCAUUAUGUCGAUGACUUUGAUUCAAAAUGUGAUGAUGCAACAUUUGGGUCGAGAUUCGAGUCAACGAAUGUUGGACCUAACGUAGUCACAGAUAAGGGUAAAAAGAUAUUAAGCCCCCACGUGGUUCGAGGGAAAGGGAGAUCUCCAAGUAAGAGAAAGGUUCCGCCCGUGGAGAAGAUGGCAAGAAAGAGAAAGGCUUGCAGGAAAAUAUUGGAUGAUGAAACACAAUUGGGUGACACCCUGGGAUCUCAACACCACCAAUUUGAUGAUGGGGUUGGUGUUGGGACACAAAAUAGCAUUGUCACACAAUCGAUGCCAUCAGAAAAUCAGGAGGUCUUCAGCUAUUGGUUAAAUGUGUCUUUGAAGGUUGGCCUUGCUGGAACAUCAUAUUCAUUAUUGCAGAGAUUGGGGGCAGUAUUGCCAAGUAUUUUGUUACUGAGAAAAGAGAAAUGUUUUCCUUUGAGGCUAAUGCUUGAUGUUGAUAUGUCAAAGGUCAUGCUUGUUGCUUCUUUGAGCUUAUGA